AUGGCCCUUCAAGCUCAACACAUCUCAAGCCUGAGUUGUCAGCAAGAACUAUCAGAAUAUGAUGUGAUACUUUCUGCAGGUGAGCAAAUUUCGUGUGGACUAUUAGCAAUCACACUGCAGUCUAUAGGUAUUAAUGCUAAGUCGUGGCUUGCUUGGCAAUUACCAAUUGUGACCGAUGAUUUCUAUUCUGAAUCAAAAAUAAAGGAAGUAAAAAUUGACUGUUUACAAAAGUCAUUUUCCGAAGGAUGCUCAGUUGCAAUAGUUGCUGGUUUUCAGGGUGUAUGUAAUAAUAGAUUAACUACAUUUGGUAGAGGAGGCUCAGAUAUAUCUGUUGUGGCUCUAGCGGUAGCUUUCAAUGUUAAGACUUGUGAAAUUUUUACUGAUGUUGAUGGAAUAUAUACAACUGAUCCAAAAAUUGUUCCCAAAGCACGUAGACUUAAAUCUAUUUCCUAUGAUGAGAUGUUGGAAAUGUCUUUAUCUGGUGCUAAAAUCUUACAUAAUCGUUCAAUACAAAUAGCAAUGAGGCAUAAUAUAAAACUGCAAGUACUUUCCACUUUUAAAGAAUCCGAAGGUACUUCUGUGUUACCCAAUAACGAUGUAUUGGAAAAACAUUUAGUAACUGGGAUAACAUAUAGCACUAAUGAGGUAUUGAUUGCUUUCACUGAUCUUACUUUACAUAUUUUGAAAGAUAUAGUAGGUGCAAAUAUAAGAGUUGACAUGAUACAUAAUGCAAGUUUAGUAACUACCAAGUGUGACAUUGAUCAAGCAAAAAAGUUAUUAGGUAAUAAUAUUGAUUAUACUAUAAAUGAUAGUAUAGCGAAAAUUUCAAUCAUCGGUAUAGGUAUUACAUCCAAUACUGCUGUGAUGUAUAACAUAUUCAAGGUUUUAGAGAGAAAUAAAAUAGAAAUGCUUGCUAUUUCAACAUCAGAAAUCAAAAUUAGCAUCAUCAUUAAAAAAGAAUAUGCUGAAGUUUUAGUAAAAGACUUACAUGACAGCUUUGCUUCUCUAUCAUAG